AUGGCCUCGUCCAACGCUGUUGACGAUGAAGAUGUGCAGAUCGACCCGGCAGAGCCUCUCAAGGGCAUCAUCGUCUGCUGUACUAGCAUCCCCGCUGAGCAUCGUACAACCAUCGCUGGCAAGGUCUCCGAGCUAGGUGGUGUCCACAAGUACGAUCUCACUCCUGACGUUACCCACCUCAUUGUCGGCGACUAUGACACGCCCAAAUACCGACAUGUUGCCCGUGAACGCCCCGACAUCAAGGCCAUGGAUGCUGCUUGGAUCGAGGCCCUCAGCGAGCUAUGGAAGAACGAUGACGAGAUCGAUUACCGAAAACUUGAAGCCGAAUAUCAGCUGAAGCCAUUGGAGAAGCGAGGUGUCGACCCCUCGGUCCAGCCGCAGGAAGGAGAGACAGGAAGGGACUCGUUGAUGAUCUGUCUCACGGGCUUUGGCGAGCAGCGGGAUGAGAUUGCCCUCAAAGUCACCUCGAACGGCGGCAAAUACACCGGGGACCUCACGAAGAAGUGCAGCCACCUCAUCGUCAACAAACCCGAGGGCAGAAAGUAUGAGGCGGCCAGACAAUGGGGCAUCCACCCCGUCACCCUCGCCUGGCUGGACCAGUCCAUUGCACGAGGCAUGAUCUUGGAGGAGACCAAAUUCGAUCCUAUACUACCGCCCGAGCAGCAAGGAAAGGGAGCUUGGGUCACAAGAGAACUCAAAAGGACAGCAAGCAAGCGCUCCAGGUCAGCCGUGAUCGCCGCCGAUGAAGGACCUAGGAAGUUAAGGAAGACGGCCAGCAUGAAGCUCAGCUCACAGCGUAACAAUCUUUGGGGUGAUAUCCUUGGACGGUCAACCUCAAGAGAGUACUCGUUUGCCCACGAGAAUAAUUCAGAGGCAGAAAAGCCCCAGGAUCAACCACAACAACCUCAACCCGCCGAAGUUCAACCCCUUGCCCCUAUUGUCCCGGAAAAUCAGGGCAUUUUCGCCAAGUGCUACUUCUAUAUCCACGGCUUCACCGAACAGCGGACAUCAGUUCUCCAACAGACAAUAGUUACGCUGGGAGGCUCUAUUUGUGCUUCAGUACAAGAAGCUGCCCUUGGCAAAACCCCCCAACCGCCCCUCGGCCGCUUCCUGAUCGUCCCUCAAAACUCUCAACCAGAUACCCACCCUCAAGAAUCCUACGACGACCUACAUGUUGUGACAGAAUAUUACAUUGAAAAAUGUCUUCACAACAAGCUCUACUUUGAUCCAACAGAGCACGUCCUCGGCAGACCUUUUCCUUUCUUUCCUAUUCCCGCCUUCAGCAACCUCGUCAUAUGUAGUGCCGCCUUCACUGGCAUUGAACUCAGCCAGGUCGCCCGUGCCGUCGUCCAGCUCGGAGCCAAGUUUGAUGGGGACUUUCGCAAGACUACGGAUGUCUUGGUGUGCAGUUCUCUCGCUGCUAUGCGCAAGGAGAAGCUACGCAUGGCACUUCGAUGGGGCGUCCCCGUGGUGUCGGGCGACUGGCUAUGGGAAUGUAUAUCCACCGGCUUCAAGGUUCCCAUUGACGACUUCAUCUUCCCCGAGAUCAAGAAUCGAUAUGAAGAAACCCUCAAGCCAAAGCCAGAGUCUGUGGAGAAGAAGGCCCCUGGGGCACAACCUAGACCACUAGGCAAACCUAUACAACGCACACAUUCAGAACCCUUCAACGCCAAACCCGCGAUACCCAAAGCUCCCGCAUUCGCAGGAGUAGACACUACGGCCUUUGACCAUGAUUCACCCGAGAAGCCGCACCGCAAGAGCAUCACCCACCCACCCCCUGAAGCAGCUUCCACCACCUCAGCCGACUUUGCCACAGCUCGCACUCACCAAGCCGCUCCCACAAGCCUCCCUCAGGACAAUGAUUUCGACACUCCUCUCGCUGAAGUCCCCUCAGAACACCUUAACAAGCCCCCAUCCCCGACAAAGAAACAAGAACCCAUGCCGCGCACCCGCUCUGACCCCACCAGCAAAUCCUUCACAACCACACACCAGGACUCCACAACUCACCAAGACACAACAGAAUCUCACGACAACUCACACCGAGAGCGUCUCCAGCAGCUGAAGGAACAGCAGCAAGACGCAGAACAAGCUCGACUCCGCGCUAAAGCCGCCGAGCGCCGUGCCCUAUCCACGAAACUAACAUCCCUCAUCGAGACCACAACCCCGAACCUCACCUCCAACCUCUCCCACACCUCUGAUGACCCCGAGCACCCUCCCCCGCGGCCUCGCAGGCGCCAGAUCCUCGGUCGUGCUAUCAGUAACGCCUCCAACGCCAGCAGCGUCGCCUCCCGAUCUGCGCAUGACUCGGCUGAGAUGAUGGGCGACGACUUCAACUCGGCAGAACCCAAGGAGGUUGAGCCGCCGUCAACACAGCUCGAGUACCGCGAUGAAAAGGCCGAGGAGUGUAGGGCUGCGCUGAUAAGUCGGAUGAUGGGGGAGAGUGGCGAUGUCAAGCCAGUAGCGAGGGCCACUCAGAGCGUUGGGGUAGUUGGGGGACGGACGUUGAGAAAACGAUAG